AUGGCACCACAUGUUGUUCGAUGGGGUAUCAUGGCCACUGGCUGGAUCGCUGAGAUGUUCACAAAGGACCUUCUCAUCGACCCCAAUGUCCGUGAUGCCUCAGAUAUAGCCCACCAAAUUGUGGCUGUCGCCUCAUCCUCAUCCAAGGAAAAGGCUGAGCAAUUCAUCACAGCACGUGGGAUCACCAACCCCUGCUCCGCAUAUGGUGACUACGAGACUCUCGUGGCUGAUCCCAACGUCGAUGUGAUCUACGUGGCAACCCCGCACUCCCAUCACUACCAGAACGUCAGACUGGCGCUGGAGGCGGGCAAGAAUGUGCUCUGCGAGAAAGCGUUCACCGUCAACGCUGCUCAGGCUAAGAUCCUCGUCGACAUCGCCCGCGAGAAGAAGCUCUUCCUCAUGGAAGCGGUCUGGACUCGCUAUUUCCCGCUCAGUAUCCAGAUUCGCGAGCUCAUCCAGAAGGGUGAGAUCGGCGAGGUGCUGCGUGUCGUGGCUGAUACAAGCUUCGGCGAAGAUGUCGAGACGAAAUGGGGUACUGCGCAUCGCAUGGUGAACCCUGAUCUGGCCGGUGGUGCUCUCUUGGAUUUGGGUAUCUACUCCCUUACCUGGGUCUUCCAGAUCCUGUAUCACACUUUACCCCGAGACCAAAGAAGGCCACCCACUGUCUCUUCGCAGAUGACUUCCUAUCAUCUCACUGGUGUGGACGAGUCUACCACCAUGCUCCUCAGCUUCCCCACAAGCACGCCUUCUAACGGCCCUCACCCGCAACGGUCGCACGGUGUGGCCCUGACCAACAUUCGUGUCGCGGCUGACCCGGAUGAGAAGGGAUCUGCUGGUCCUGCCAUUCGUAUUCAGGGCACUAAGGGCGAGGUUCAGGUGCGUGGCAAUCCGUUCCGGCCACAGAGCUACCGCGUUAUUCCCAAGGGUGGCGGCGAGAUCCGCGAGGUCCAGUCCGUGUUCCCAGGUCAGGGCCACGGCAUGUACUGGGAAGCUGACGAGGUUGCUCGCUGUCUCCGCGAUGGGAAGCUCGAGAGCGAGGGCUUGCCGUGGGAGGAGAGUAUCGUUAUCAUGGAAGUUAUGGAUGAAGUGCGUAAGCAGGGCGGUUUGACCUAUCCCCAGAAGAUUGAGUCUACUGAGUAUCCUCUGCAAUUGUAG